ACCCUUUUCUCUUCAUUCACUUUCUCAACUCAAACAAACAACAACAUUUCAAAGUCAAAAUAUUAACCUUCUUCAAAACUCACAACAAAAAAUGAAUCAAGAGAUAGAUGUUUCACCAUUUUUCAUGUGCCCCAUUUCACUACAACUCAUGAAGGAUCCAGUUACUGUCUCAACAGGCAUAACCUACGACAGAGAAAACAUCGAAAAAUGGCUCUUUUCAUCUAACAACAACAACAACAAAACAUGUCCUGUCACAAAACAACAACUCUCACAUGAUAAUCAAAACAAUGAUCUCAUUAUUCUCACACCAAAUCACACACUUCGUAGACUCAUUCAAGCAUGGUGCACCAUAAACUCUUCUCAUGGAAUCCAAAGAAUUCCAACUCCUAAACCACCAACAACAAUAAAUCUCAUACAGAAAAUCAUCAAAGAAGCUUCUGAUUCUUUAGAUUCACCUCAUUUACUUAUUCAAUCGCUUAAAAGACUCAAAUCCAUCGCUUCCGAAAGUGAAACCAAUAGACGGUGUAUCGAAUCUGCCGGUGCUGUUGAGUUCUUAGCAGAAAUCAUAACAAAAAACACAAAUUCUUCUGCUUCUUCAUCUUCAACAGAAUUUGAAGAUACCCUUUAUGAUGAUUUUGAAGGUUUUGCUUUUGAGUUCAAAGUAGAAGCAGAAGAUGAAGCUAUAAGCAUCCUUCACAAUCUUCAUUUAUCAGAACAAGGUUUGAAAACUCUCUUAAACUUCAAAAAUGGAGAAUUUUUGGACUCUUUGAUAAAACUAUUGCAAAAGGGUAUCUAUGAUUCAAGAACCUAUGCAGUUUUAUUGUUGAAAUCUAUAUCAGAAGUAGCCGAACCUGCGAAACUAUCGAAUUUAAAAACCGAGUUUUUCGUCGAAUUAGUCCAGCUUCUCAAGGAUCAAAUAUCGAAAAAAGCAUCAAAAGCAACACUACAAACACUGAUUCAAGUAGUUGAACAUGGAAGAAACAGAGUUAGAUUAGUUGAAUCAGGAUGUGUAUGUGUAUUGAUAGAACUUCUUCUUGAUUGCAAAGAGAGAAAGCCAUGUGAGAUGAUUUUGGUGGUUUUGGAGAUGUUAUGUCAAUGUGCUGAUGGAAGAGCUGAGAUACUAAAGCAUGGAUGUGGAUUAGGUAUUGUUUCAAAGAAGAUUUUGAGGGUUUCAAAUAUGGCAAAUGAUAGAGCUGUGAGGAUUCUUUUAUCUGUUUCUAGAUUCUCAGCUACACCUUUAGUUGUUCAAGAAAUGUUGGAAAUUGGUAUUGUUGCUAAGCUUUGUUUGAUUCUUCAAGUUGAUAGUGGAAAUAAGGCUAAGGAUAAAGCUAGAGAGAUACUUAAACUUCAUGCAAAGUCUUGGAGGCAUUCUCAUUGUAUUCCUACCAAUUUGCUUGCUUCAUACCCAACACAAUAAGUGUACGCAUCGAUGGACAAUUAGUUUCGUAUAAAUUACAGUGUCAAUAUGAUUUUGUUGAAACUUCAAAGUUUAGUUUCGGUUAACAAUGUAAUGAUUUACUGUGAUUCUGUCGUUCUCAACGCAAAUACGUGUUUUUCAUUUUUACUUAUUUUAGGAUUAUUUUUUUGUAUAGAUUUGAAAUGUUUAAAGAACAUUUAAUUGGAACAAACUAUAGGUGUGGACAUAUAUAAAAUAUUGUCCAUGAAGAAUGGGUAGGAAACAAAUUGGGAUUGUUUUAUUGUUAAUGCACGACUACACAAUAUACUUAAUGGAAUAUUGACACAACAAAGUUUAUCGUGCCAA